CACCUGAGAGCUGAGGAGCGCGCGACCCCGACAUGACACGAGGCUCUGAGGAUCAGCAGUAAGCUGCAGGUCAGGGGGCAGGACCUCAGGGGAGAGGAAGAUGGACAUGUGAAGGGGCAGGAGAAGGGUCUUCAGGAGAUCAGGAGCGAGCCUGGUUUAUCUGUAGAGAAGCGCGCGUGUCUCAGAGGAAUGGACGCUGCUGGGUAACUUCACUGCACUUCCGGUUCUCAAUCACCUGUGUGUGUGUGUGUGUGUGUGUGUGAGAGAGAGAGAGAGAGACACCAUGAGGCGGCUCGGGGUCGCGUGCUUACUGCUGCUGCUGCUGCUGAGCGCGCGUGUGCCGCGGAGCUGCGCGCGAGACACCACACCUGAUUCAGGGUUUGACUGCUGCGAGGGAGACGUCUUGCUCCUGCUGGACUCGUCUGGAAGCAUCUCCUUCUACGAGUUCUCCCGCAUGCUCCACUUCCUGUCCGACUUGCUCCGCCCCUUCCAUGUUGGGCGUGGUCACGUCAGGGUGGCGCUGGUGCAGGUGGACACCGAGCCGCGAGUGGAGUUUGACUUCGAUGCGCACAGCAGCCAGAACGAACUGCAGGACGCGCUACUGAGAACGCCACAGCUUCGCGGGGACACCAUGACGGAAAAAGCGCUGCUAUUGGCUCAGAGGUUACUGUGGCGACCGGCAGGACAGAAAGCUCCACCCAGAGUGCUCCUGUGGCUCACAGAUGGGGUGGAGCCAGGGAACGUCGAAGGUCCGAUAUCAGCGCUGCACAAGGAAGGCGUGUCCGUGCUGGCCGUUUCUACUGGACACUCUAAUUACCAGGUGUUUAGCAGAGCUGUGACUCCGCCCAUCGAGCAACACCUGUACUUUGUAGAUCCUGAUUACAUGGACAUCAUCACCAAGGACCUGAGAGAAGCCAUCACAGACCUGAUCUGCACCGAGUGUCUCCAUGUACGCGACGUGACUUCCCAUAGUGCCUUGCUGCACUGGCAGGCCAUUCUGAUUGGUGGACUCGGUCACUAUGAGCUCCAGUACGGUGAGACGGAGUCGAACAGCGACACGUACCGGAAACUCACACUGUCACCUGAUCACACCUGGACUGAAGUCACCGACCUGCAGCCCGAUACACACUACGGCGUCCGGCUCACAGCACACACACCGUACAGCACACACAGCACAACGCUCAGCGCCGGCUUCACAACCCUGCCAGACCUGAUCUGCACCAACUGUCUUCAAGCACGCGACGUGACUUCCCAUAGUGCCUUGCUGCACUGGCAGGCCAUUCUGAUUGGUGGACUCAGUCACUAUGAGCUCCAGUACGGUGAGACGGAGUCGAGCAGCGACACGUACCGGAAACUCACACUGUCACCUGAUCACACCUGGACUGAAGUCACCGACCUGCAGCCCGAUACACACUACAGCGUCCGGCUCACAGCACACACACCGUACAGCACACACAGCACAACGCUCAGCGCCGGCUUCACAACCCUGCCAGAUGUGUUUUAUCCUACGACGGUGAUGGUGUCGGAGUCUGGUCCGGACCGGCUGCGUGUGAGCUGGUCCCCGGUUCAGUCGGGACGGGUCGAGUGGUACCGGGUGGAGUUUGGGCCAAUCCCACGUGGGGACGUACGCUCUGUGACGUUGUCUAGGUCGCAGAGCAGCGUUCUGCUCACACAGCUCCAGCCCGACACACACUACCUCAUCACCAUCAGCGCCGUACACUCCUCCGGCCAGGAGGGGGCGAUCUCCGUUAAAGCCUGCACUGAAGAGGUUCUCCCAGGCGUACACGACCUCGGAUUGACGCAGAUGGGCUUCGACUCUGUGAAAGUGGACUGGAGGACUCAGGAGCAAGCGGCUGGGCUUCAGGGUUACUGGGUGAAGUGGGAGACGGGGGGAAGCUCUCCAUCUUCAUCCUCAUCAUCGCGUUACCUGCCUGCUCAGACACUCUCCACUGUACUGACACACCUGAACCCCACGACCCGGGUGUGUGUGUCGCCGGUGUACAGGACGGCACGUGGCGAGGGGCUGUGCUGCACUACGCACACACACACAGCUGCUUCGUGAAAAGAGAGAAGGUUCCAGACUCCAGAGGAAGAAGAAGCGUGACCGGCUUUUGGUGUGCUGUGGAAAAGAAAAAAAAACACUUUCCCACUAAAGGACAUGCUUCUGAGUAUUAUAUCACAGAGACUGGCUUUUGUAUUGCGUUAUUAAGAGUGUAAUUUAUAUUAAUUAACAUAACAGGUGUGGAACAGUGGUAGUAAUGAAUAUUAUUUAAAAUUCUCUCAGACAUCCUGUCAGGUUAGCGCAUAUCAUCUAAUCUAUAAGCUAAUGUCAGUAUUAAAGAUUUACAAAUGACUCAAAAUCUCCUCCUGUCAGGUUAGCACAUCCUGCUUGCUGAAGACUGAUAGCUAGCGUGAGAUAAAGGUGACUUUUUAUAUCCAUUAUAUCAGAAAUCCUGUCAGGUUAGCUCCUGUUAGCUUGCUGCCUAGCGGUAGCGAUGAAGAUUUAUGAAAACGACAAUUUAAUAAAAUUUUGUUAGCA